AUGCCAAAAUGCAACAAGACAAAGAACCCUUGCAAAAUAUGUUUAGGGCAAGUAUCAGAAAAGACUGGCUUACAGUGCCAGGGUGCGUGCCAGACUUGGAUACAUUAUGAAUGCUUGAACUACACGCCCGGGAAGAUAAAGGAUAUAAAGGCUGGCAUUAUUAAGGUGACUUGCCCGUGUCCGGAUUGCAAAACAACACUGCCCAAAGAAUAUAGAACUGAUGAGCCGUUUAGCUGCAGCAAUAUGAAAUGUCCGGCAAACAUGCCGCCUCAAUGCGGUAACAUCGCCUGUCCCACGAAUAAAGGUAUGCCAAAUGUAGAGCAAAACCCAGUUCUCACCGGCUGUGCUUUAGAUAGAUGUGGCAAAGGUUGUAAGACGAACAGCCAUCCGCAGGUGGAUCAUUGCCCUCAACCCAAGCCGAUAUCCCCAUGUGCCCCCCCAUACCACCCACUUCCGUAUCCUGCGACCUCUUCAGAUAAAUGUCUGAACUUCAAUGCAUGUCCAUCGGGCUGUUCGUCAAACGUCGAUAUUCCGGGCGAUUGUGGCUCUAAAGACGAUGGCAUCUUAUCAAUGGGAACUCUUGAGAACAUGUGCAACACAGUCGGUCAAUUGACAAACCAAAUCAAUAAUCUAAUGUCGAAAAUGAAACACAAUGUUAAAGACAAACAUGGCUACGGUAAUCACAAAGCAUGUCCUCAAACAGGACCAAAGUCCUUGUGUCCAAAACCGUGCUUCUGUCCUGGAAACCCGGGAAGGAGAUAA